ACGAGGGCGGUGUUUAGUAAGAGCAAGACUAACUCCACGUGGUCAUCCAUAAAGUAAUACUGUCCAUGUUAUCAUCCUCUAGACUUGUACACAGCAGCAGAAUAUGGCCCAGUCAAUGUCCAGCCCACCUCCAGCUCUGGCAGCUAGAGGUAGUCAAGGGAUUAUCUUAAAGGAAACUUCUGGCAGCCGUUUGGAAAGCACUAUAAGUGGGUCAGAAUGUAGAGUGAUGGAGUUUAGCUCAGAUGGGUGCCAACUGGCAUGGUGUGAUGGGAAGAGUGUCACUGUGAUGGAUGUCCCCUCUGGAGCAGUCAAAUACACCAUCUCAAAGCCCAAGACACGAUGUAUACAGUUUUCACCACUGGGGUCUUACCUUGCUCUCUGGGAGCCUUAUGCUGUCACCAAGGACGUUCCAGCGGGCACACCAAAUCUCCAUGUAUACAACAGCAGUGGAGAGCUGGUCACUGAGUACAUUCAGAAAAAGCAACAAGGAUGGUGUCCACAGUGGACUGAGGAUGAGCAGGUGUGUGCUAGGAAUGUGACCAACGAGGUCCACUGCUUCAGUGGGGGAGCUCCUGGUCUCACCUGUGACAACAAGCUCCAGAUUGCUGGGUUGACCACUUAUGCUCUCUCCAGAGGAAAGUUACCGUACAAGAUUGUUGUAUACGUCCCUGGAAGCAAGGGUGCUCCUUGCUUUGUACGGAUGUUUGCGUACCCCAACCUGAAUGCCUCUGCCAUUAUGGCCUCAAGAAGUUUCUAUAAAUCCGACACUGUCAGUUUCUCUUGGAACAAGAAAGGGUCAGCUGUACUGGUCACUACGACCACUGAAGUAGACAAGACAGGUGCCUCGUACUAUGGUGAGCAAGGCUUGCACUACGUGUCAGCACGUGGGGAGAGCAACAUGGUCCAGCUGAGUAAGAAAGGUCCAAUAUAUGAUGUGGACUGGAAUCCAAACUCAGAGGAGUUCUGUGUGGUAUAUGGCUUCAUGCCUGCCAAAGCCACCAUCUUCAACUGCAAGUGUGAUCCAGUGUACGACUUUGGGACAGGGCACAGGAACAUGGCCAAGUACAACCCUCACGGAAACAUCCUCUGCUUGGCUGGCUUUGGAAAUCUACGAGGAAAUAUUGACUUGUGGGACAGGGAGAGUCUAAAACCAAUCAAAAAGCUGGAGGCGAGUGAUUCCACCCAAUUUGAGUGGUGUCCUGAUGGGGUGCACUUUGUCACGGCAACUACCGCCCCUCGACUGAGAGUUGGAAAUGGAUACAAGGUGUGGCACUUCUGUGGUACUUUAGUACAGUGUGAAGACACUCCACCCAAGCAAGAACUAUGGGAGGUGAAAUGGCGACCGUUCCCGGCUGGCACAUUCCCCACACCCUCCACCUCCUCCACAGCCCCACCCACAACCAUAGAACAACCUGUGCAACAGGAGAAGAAAGCUGCCUACCGACCACCUGCACUCAGAGGAAAGCCAUACACGUACAAACUGCAUGAAGAGGAACCCCCACAGAGAGUGGGAGCCGCUGAAGAGAAGGAAAAAGAUAAACUUUCCAAAUCAGCUCAGAAGAAUAAGAAAAAAAGGGAAUCUAAGCUAAAAUCCAAAGAGCAGGAGCAAGUGGUCAUUACUCGCGGUUCAAAGAGGGGGGCGGAGAAAGACGAUGCUCUGGCACUAGCCGCUCAGAUACUGAGAGGCAAUAAAGACAAAGUAGUAGAUCCUGUCGGCAGUGGGAAGAGUGACUCAGAGAAGAAACUAAAGAACUUGCGCAAAAAACUGACACAGAUUGAGCAGCUGAAGCAACAACAGGCUGAGGGGAAACAGUUGGAAACCAAUCAAAUUGAGAAAAUAAAGACUGAGCAGUCAAUACUGGAAGAGAUUGAAAAACUGACUCUGUCUUAGCUUUUAUAUUAUAGUUUUGUAAGAAUUUGUUUCAACCGUAUUUUGAUUCAUUAAUUGUUCAUCUGUA